AUGUGGAAAACAAUUGCAAUAUAUUCAUUAUAUGCCUUCUUGUUAUCAACUUAUAAAACAUUACCAGGAGUUUUUUACAUCAGGUUUUAUUAUGAAAUUGCAAUGGGUAUCAUAUUCCCUAAAUUUAUCAAAUCUUUAUUAAUUAAUGAUUAUUCUGAAAAAUCACCUUUUGAAACUUCAACAUCUCAAACUUAUAAUUCACCAUUUGAAUGUGAUGCAUAUUGUCAUAAAUCCAAUUCAACUUAUUUCCAUGAAUUAGAUAUAUCAAGAGCAAGAUUAAUGGUAUCAAGACUUCAAAAAUUCUUUAUGUUUUACCAAACUGAAUCCAAAACAUGGCCAUAUGUUCCUCUUGCUAAUAUAUUUGUAACAUUCAAAAAAGAAAUUAAACCUUUUCAAUCAUAUCAAGUAAAGCAUAGAAUCCUUGGAUGGGAUAGGAAAUGGUUAUUCAUUUUAUCAAAAUUUGUUUCAACAGGUGAAAAAGGUGAAAUCAUUCAUGCAGUUUGUAUAACUAAGUAUGUUUUAAAAGAUGGUAGAAAAACUAUAAGUCCAAAAGAGGCACUAAAAUUUUGUGGUUAUCAAAUUGAGCAAUAUGAAGAAGAGGCUAAGAGAGGCGUUGAUUUGGUGAAAUGGUUUGUUGAUACUGGAGAUGUUGAAGCGUUGGACAUCUAG